AUGGAAAAUAACCUUUUCUACAUAUGCCUUUUCUUUCAGAUGGAUUCUGAAAGUAUUGGAGAGGAAAUUGAUACGUUAGUGCUAAGUUUGGACACGGUGCCUCCUGAAAUUUUUUUACAUAUAUGUUCUUUUUUAAGCUCAAAGUUUGUGAUUAAUGUUCUGAGUUCUGUUUGCCAGAAAUUCAAAGAUGUUUUAGAAAGUGAUGUUACUUGGCGAUUGCGUAUAUAUGAAAGGUGGCCUAAGAAAUAUCCUCUUGUACCAGUUCCCCCUGAUUUUGACUGGAAAGAGGCAUGUAUAGCUCGAGAGGAACAGCAUCGUCUUUGGCACAAACAUAGUGAAAAUAUGAAAAAAUAUCAUAUGAAGGAAGCUCACUUUGGAUCUGUUAAUGUUGUUCAAAUUAUUGAGGAAGGCGGGAUAUGUGCUUCUGGGGGUCGAGAUGGUGCUUUAAAACUGUGGGAUCUUGCAGCUUUGAAUGAGAUGCUUCUUGAAACUGCUGAAAAUGCCCAAAACUUUAAUCCUUGGUUGAUCAAUGAAAGAGCUGGUGCUCAUGGUAAUGCUUGGUUGUGGUCUAUAGCAUAUGAUAAAACUAACAGAGUGUUAUAUAGUGGUGGCUUUGACUGUAACUUAAAAACAUGGGAGCUGGUUGAACCAUCUGUCCAAGCAUCGUCUUAUAGUCUUGCUUCUCCAGUUUUGUGCCUUUCCUACUGUUCCAACGCUCUAUCAUGUGGUUGCUAUGGUCGCAGUGUCAGUCUUUUUGAUCCCAGAGCUGGUGUCCAGCCUAUGUUUCAGCACAUCCUCCACAAAAAACCAGUGAUAUGCAUGGUUUCAGAUGAAAAGUAUAUAAUAUCUGGCUCUGAAGACUGUCAUGUUAUAAUUUACGAUAAAAUUGCUAGGAAUGUUCUUAAAACUUGGAAACUUGAUGGAUUUCCAAUGAGUAUGUCUUACAAUGAUGGUCAAAUUCUUGUUGGUGAUGUUGAAGGUUCUAUUCAUGUGAUAGAUCCACAUGAAGACUAUGAGUUGUUACAGAGCUAUAAAUCUGGUCAUCAGCUGAAGGUCACCGGAAUACAGCACAACCUUGGUUCAAUAAUCACAUGUUCGACAGAUAAAACCAUACGUGUCCUAGAGCCCAAUGCUGAACCGGAACCAAUUGCAGUACUUCAGGGUGAUGCAGAAGUUGCAAAAAUAUCUUUUUGCAAUUCCAUUUUAGUCAGUGCAAAUGCUGAUGAUUCCAUCACUGUGUGGAAACCCAGAGAAGAUCUUGAUUGAUCUCUUUUAAGAACUGUGAUAAUUGAAUGAUUUUCAUAAGUGUGUUUUGGAGUGGGGGUACCUGCGCCCUAGGAGUUUAAUAUUAUCCUCUAAAGUGUGUUGUUCCAGUUGAUCCUUUACUGAGCAUUUUCAAAUA